ACGGUUGGGCGCUUGGAAACUAUCAGAUACAGUCAGAAAGUGAAGUCUUUGAGUGGGGAAAGUUACUUUGAUGACCAAGACGCUCCUCCUUUCGAAAGCUUGGAAGAUUGUCGAAGGGGUAGCAGAUGCAGCAAGAGGAACAGGUGCAAGGGGAUAUCGCAAUAAGCGAAUCGGCAGCUGAAACGGACCUGCAGGUAUGUGUACUGACGCAAACCGCUGGGUGCCUUCAACAAACUUCUUCUUGGCCUUGUCUUGCACUUGGUCUUUUGUUCAUUAAACUGCACACAUUGUUCUUCCCUGCAACAAGUUCGAUAGCAUUGCAACAGCACAAUGGCAUCAAUACCAGUCACCGUUAGCCAUCAAGGCACCAAGUACCAGGUCGAAAUCGACUCUUCCUCCAACGGCGAAACCUUCAAGUACCAACUCUACAGCUUGACGGGUGUCGAGCCUGAGCGACAGAAAAUCCUCGUCAAAGGCAAGCAGGUCAAGGACGAUGAUGAAAUGUCCAAGUUUGGCCUCAAGGCCGGCGCCACACUCAUGAUGAUGGGCAAGCCAUCCGGAGAGAACGCAGAUCUCGCCCGCCCCAAGGAAGCGAUCAAGUUCGUCGAGGACAUGACCGAAGCAGAAGCCGCCCAGCAAGAGGGUGCCACCCCCGCCGGUCUCACUAACCUAGGCAACACCUGUUACCUCAACUCGACCCUCCAAACCCUUCGAUCGAUCCCCGAGCUCCAAGGUGCUCUCACCACAUACAAGUCAGGCAGUGGCGGUGCUGGCAGCAGCUUCGGUCUUACCUCAACUGAUAUUGCCACCCAGCUCACGGAUCUGUACAAGAAUAUGUCGGAGACCCAGGGCAGCAUACCCCCGAUUACCUUCUUAAGCACCCUGCGCAUGGUCUACCCACAGUUUGCCGAGAAGUCCAAGACUGGAGCUGGAUACGCCCAGCAGGAUGCCGAGGAGGCUUGGUCUCAGAUUAUCUCUCAGUUGAAGCAGAAGCUUUCCGAGUCGGAAGGCUCCUCUUUCAUCGAUAGAUACAUGGCUGGAGAGCUCCAGUCCACCCUUGAGGUUGACGAGCAAGCCGCUAGAGACGGCGGUGAGGAACCGGUCAAGUCGAGCGAGACCUUCCUCAAGCUCAACUGCCACAUUGACGCAUCCGUCAACCACCUGCGCGAUGGUAUCUUGGCAGCUUUGACGGAGAAGCUGGAGAAGAAGUCCGCAGUCCUGGACAGAGAUACGACCUACACGAAGAAGUCCCUCAUCUCACGGCUUCCCAAAUACCUCACUGUUCACUUCGUUCGGUUCUUCUGGAAGCGUGAGGUGCAGAAAAAGGCCAAGAUUAUGCGCAAAGUUACUUUUCCCCAUGAACUUGAUGUCGUUGAGUUCUGCACCGACGAGCUGAAGAGGGCUCUCGUCCCCGUGCGUGACAAGGUACGCGAAAUUCGCAAGGACGAGGAGGACAUUGAGCGGGCCAGGAAGAGGCGUAGGAUCAAUCCUGUUGACCGAGGCGAUAUCGCUGGAUCCUCCGGCGGCCCCGAGGGCAAGACGGCCCUGGAGAAGGCCAACGAGAAGAAGGCGGAGAGAUCUGGAAAGCCCGCUGCCACGACUUCCGAUGCCGACACUGAGAUGACCGAGACAUUCAAGACCGACGCAGAGGUUGAGGCCGAGAAGGACGCGGCCUUAAUCACCGCCAAGAAGGAGCUAUAUGCACUGGUCAACCAGGACCUGGCCAAGGACGAAGGCGCCAACCAGUCCGGGAUCUACGAGUUGCGAGGCGUCGUCACUCACCAAGGAGCGAGUGCCGACAGCGGCCACUACACUGCCUACGUCAAGAAGACUGCCCCCAUCGACCCCAAGACUGGUAAGAAGGGCGAGGAAGACGGCAACUGGUGGUGGUUCAAUGACGACAAGGUGUCAGAGGUUACCCCUGACAAGAUCGAUGCUCUGGCGGGUGGUGGCGAGUCGCACUCCGCGCUUAUCUGUCUCUACCGGGCCAUCCCCCUUCCGACGAUUGAUAAUGACGGUAAGACCGAGUAAAGGUUCCAGCUGGCAAAGGCUGUUGGGAGCAUCGACUUGGCGUUUUCGAGCGGUAACGAGGUUAUGGGAGGCAUUCAAAACAAGCCAUUGAAACAAGGAUCAAGCACUAGGGCAUAGACAGACGAAUGAUGAAUGUGAUGGCUGCGGUUCAUUACACAUGCGGCAAUUGCUAUAACUAUGGUUACAAUGGUGUACAUCAGCU